AUGAUGUUUUCUGCUGGAAAAGGAGUUUUAGGCUUCCGCCUGGACCAUCAGAUUGCUUAUGCAAAGCGAGCUUCCCCUUCUAAACAAAAACGUGACGGAGCGAGAGCAGUGGCACAUCGUCGGCAUCUUGAACAGCAGAAGGAAGUUGCGGUUUCGUGUCGAUUGUGUCGGAAACCUGGUCGGUCCAGCUCAAGCCGCGCGUCAGCUCGGAAACGGCGCUUGGCUUGGUUGGCCUGGCGAUCUGAUCGACAUGCUGACCUUCCGCAAGACAAGCUGUGGGUCUUGGACCGACUCAGGAUUGCCGCAGAAACUGGUACGAGUGCUUUUGGUGCCUUUGUCUCAACUUUUGCGCCGCAGAAAAGCGUUGGACGGCAGCGUGAUUGUUUUCCAUUGGCAACCAUUGCUGCGCUUAGUUACAAGCCGCCUGCUUUCUCUACUUUGCGUUGGGCCGUGCUUCGGGAGUUCGUCAACUUCGUCAUAGCUGCCUUGAACUGGCUCUUCGGGGUGUCGAAGACCACUCGUGCCUGCCAACCUCACACUGGUGCUCAACAGAGUGUCAUCGAGUUCAUCCUCGACCGAGUGCUCAGCACGCUUGGCAGAUUGCAAGAGGUAGUUCCAGGUUCGUGGGAGCAUCAUCUGCCCGACUUUGUUCCUUGGACAGCUAGGCCCGCGCCGUGCACCUUCCAAGAGCUGGAAGCGGGCAGGGUGGACAACCUUUCAGUUGCGGCAACUUGCGACCCUUUGCCACACUUGCCGCCGCACGUGCAAGACGUGGUGACAAGCGCAAAGUCCAUGUUCCAAGAUGCCCCUUGCGACUUGGCGAGCUUUGAGAAGUUUUCGGCAGGCGCACGUGAGGAGUACGCAAAACUGGUCACUCUGCAGCUGCGCUGUGGCAAGCUGGGGUUGGCAACGUCCUGCUCUGGUGGUGGCACCUCCUUUACUGUGGGGAAACCAGGUGGCAACCGUCUUCGUGAAGUGUGGCACGGGAGGCGCGUGUCGCAGGCUGCCCAGGUGCCACCUAAGCCACGGCACCUUGCUUCGCCAACUGCUUUGUCCUUUCUGGAGUGCUCCAAGGACCGCCCCCUUCGUGUCAGCAAGCGGGAUGCCUCUUGCUGGUUCGACCAGCUGGAACUCCCUGCUUCUUUGCGACUGUUCAUGGCAAAGCCGGCGGUCUCCACUGAUGAGCUGGUCAAGGCCGGCAUGACGUGCCAAGAGCAGCUGCUUUACAUGGAGGCUGGACACGAUUGGCAAGAGGGACAGCUUUUUCCUGUGCAUCAUGUGUGGCCAAUGGGCUUUGCUUGGUCCUCUUACAUCGCCCAGGAGGUCAUGCUCAUGAUUUGCAGCAGGGCUGGAAUCCAGGAGACUUCUUUGCUUGCUUGUGACUGUGAAACACCGAGCUCUUUCAGGUCUGUGGCAGCAGUGGCAACGGAUGAUGUGAUGUUCUUCAGUGAUGCUGGACCUGGUGUGACUCGUCAGGCAGCUAACGCCUUCGAUGAUGAAAUGACAGCUCAAGGUGCUCUCCGCAAUGCCAAAAAGGACGUGAAUGACCAGCUGAAUGCCACCUGUGUGGGCGUGGAUUUGGUGAGUGGGUGCUACCUGGACAUUCCAGGCAGGUUGCUCGCGCUGCUCAUUACUUUUCUGUUCUUGAGCACGCAGGGUCGUGCCUCUCCCAAACAGGUGCACCAACUGCUUGGAACGCUUCAAUGGUAUGAUUUGCUCGUGCGGCCGAAGCUUUCAAUCUAUGAGGCUGUCUACAAGUUCACCGGGAACAAAGAUGACGAUGUAGUCGUAGCUAUUCCACCAGGUGUUCUUGCAGAACUAGCUUGCAGCCUUUGCCUUGGAGUUUUUUGGCGAUGUGAUUUGACACGACCUUUUCUUCCAUUGCUUGCUGCAACCGACGCCAGCACUGAGUUUGGCUUCGGUGCUUCAGUGCUGCAGGCUCCAGUUUCGUUGGUGCGACAGGUUGCUCGCUGGGCUGAGAAGCAGGGGGCGUUCCUCAUCAUGGACGGGGGUACAGCCACGAAGUCUCGCCUGGGGCCAUGCCAUCGCCUAGGCGUCCGUCUUGACCAGUUCUCAGACAUCUUCAGUGUGCGCAAGAAAUUUUCCGGCCACAUCAACGUCUUAGAGGGCGAGGCCUUCGUGCUGUAUUUGCGAUGGCUGCUCCGCGCUCGCAAGCACCACGGCAGGCGAGUGGUGGUAUUACUGGAUUCUGCCGUCUGGCUUGGCGCUGCGGCUAAAGGACGCUCGUCAUCCCAACUGAACAGGCUCCUGCGAAAGGUGGCGGCGCUCACUCUGGCUGGGAAUCUUCAGCUGAAUCUCAUCCUGGUGCCUUCGGCAGAAAAUCCUUCAGAUGCUCCUUCGAGGGGCGUGCGACGGCGUCGGAAGAAGUGA